GGAAGGAAGAGAUGAGGUGAAGGAGACAGCUAGUUGUGUGGGGUUUGAGUGUCUCCGUCCCUCACCUGCUCGCGAAAAAGUUGACUCUUGUGCUUUCUUUUCUCCCUCUGCUCCUUUUCUUCUCCUUUUCUUCUCCUUUUCUCCUCCUUUUCUCCUCCUUUUCUUUUCUGUUUCUCCUGUUUUUCUUUCCUUUCCCCGCCUCGUUUAUUCCCCCGUUCGACGUCAGUAAAAAUUUCGGAACUCGAAAGGGAGGGAAACUCCGGAGAAACUUCAUGUGCGGCUGACAGCGAAAGGUGAUGAGAAAGAAAUUGAUUUUUCACUCGUCUGUGUUCAGUCUUUUUCCUUUCUUCGAGAUCUUUCGCGUCGCCUGCUUCUCUUUCAAAGACCGCGCUCUGCUUUCUAGCGUCCCUAAGCGUCGCCCCCCUCGAGUCGUCGCUCAAGUCGAAACAUCUCAAACGUAGAUAUAUAUAUAUAUAUACAUAUAUCUAUAUAUGUAUAUAUGUAUAUAUAUGUUUAAUUGGUGCUGGUCCUUGUAAAGUGGUAGGUGUCUGCGUGCGCAUGCUUGUGGAGGGAGAAGCGUUUCUGGAGGAUCGUACCUUCUUUUCGCCCUGGGCCAGCAGCCCUCUUGCGGUGUACAUACACCCGAGUUCCUCAAGAUGGAGCUUCCGACAGAGUGCGGCGGAAGAGCCGCCAGCACCCCGCAGUCACUUCCUUUGCUGCAGAAUUCCUUGAAACGCGACCCUCCAGCGUACUUCGGCGAGUUUCAGCUUCAGUUCGAGCGCUUGCGAGGUCUUCUGGCCGUGAUGGAGCAACAGCCUCAGCGUCCUGUGAAGGAUCUGCGACAGCUGCUCAUGUUCCUCGCCCAUACGAGUCCGUGCUACAGUCCGAAGGUCUCUGAGACCCCACUGAAGACUCGAGAGAAGAAGGACAUGACGCAAAACGACCGCUCUGGAGAUUCGCCUGGUGCCUUUCUUCCUCUCUCAACUUCUUUCGCCUUUGACGAGGACGUGGAAAAAAAAGGCGUUGAAGACAGACAUUACUCUGCAGAGCUCGCCGCGUCGAUUCAGAGAAUUCUCACCCAGCUUUCGUCUUCUCUCCAUCCGCAAACGAGACAGUCUCUGCUUCUUUCUCUGCUUCUUCUCAGAAGAAAGCAACAGCUCUCUUGCUUGGACCUGCUUCGGGUGUCAGUACAGCUGCUGCAGGCCAACGACAAGUCCUGCCGCCAGACUCUCUUCUCCUUCGUCACGCGCGACGUAUCCAAGCUCUGCCUGGCAGAUCGCAUGCAACAGAGUUUCGCUCGCCUCUCGCCGGAGCUUUUCGCGAUGCUGGCCCGGCCGGCUUGCCCUUUGGCGGCGCGCCUCGCGCUCUGCUGCUUGAUUCAGGUGUACAGGCAACAGAGACACAGUGGCGGCCUGUCGAUACAUCAGAACAGCAAGAAUUUCAAGAAAAUCGUCAACGCAGCCGCAGCUUGCACUCUCGCGGGCGAUACGAAACUCGCGACUUCUGCUGCACUUUUCCUCCUCGGAGAACUGCAGAGUGCCUCAAGUCACAUUGCGAAUGUGGAGGACAACGAAAGCGACGACGAAGAAGACGCUGCAGUUGAGGCAGAGGCAAAACGUCUCACACGCUCCCAAGAGGGGGUCUCCAAGAAGACGGCAUCGGCGAAGAAGAAACUCAAACGCGCAAAAGCGAAGCUCCAGCGGCAGGUGGCGCGAAAGCAGCAGAGGGCAGAGCAACAGCAGCUGCUUGGCGGAGUCGUUGCCUCGGCUUCCAUCAUCGACCUUCUCUUCGACCCCCAGGGCCUCGCGGAGAAACUCUUCGGACGAGUGAAAGGGCAAUCCGACAGAUUCUCUUCUCGCCUCAUUUUCCUCAACCUCCUCUCGCGACUGAUUGGUCACCACAAGCUCCUUCUCUUCAACUUUUACCCUUUCAUCCAGAAAUAUUUGCAGCCGCAUCAGCGCCUGGUGUCUUCGCUCUUGGCCAUUCUCGCGACUGCAGUCCAUGAGCUGGUGCCUCCUCAGGAAUUGCUUCCUAUCGUCAAACACAUUGCCGACGUCUUCAUCAACGAAACGCGGGGCGAAGAAGUCAUCACAGUCGGCAUCAAUGCCAUAACGGAGAUUUGCUCAAGAGCGCCUCUGUGCAUGACGAAGGACUUGUUGUCUGACCUGGUGGAGUAUCGGCGAGAGAGAAGAAGCAAGAGCGUUGUGAUGGCGGCGAGACGCCUGAUGAAUUUGUACAGAGAUGUUUUGCCUGCGAUGCUACCACCAAACGCCCGCGGCAAAGACGCUGCGAUGGCUGUGCGCAACAACGAGGAGGAGAGCUUUAGCUUCGGCCAGUUCAAACCAGCAGAGAAUCUCACUGGUCUCGAUGAGCUGGAGAAGCUGCAAAAGCUGGUGAAAGCGAGAAAGAGAAUGCGAGAAGAGGAAGAAGAAGAGGAAGACGAAGAAGAGGAAGAAGAGGAAGAAGAUGGAGACGAAGAAGAAGGAGACGAAGAAGAGGAAGAAGAGGAAGACGAAGAAGAUGGAGACGAAGAAGAGGAAGAAGAGGAAGACGAAGAUGGAGACGAAGAAGACGAAGAAGAAGAAGACGAAGAAGACGAGGAUGAAGAAGAGGAUGAAGAUCACCCGAAGAAGAUGCGUCGAGUGUGUCCGACUGUGAAGGGCGAAGGAAGUUCGAGUGAGGCGGUGGCGUCUUCCUCCCUGGCGAUGGAUCGCAUCUUAACGCCGGAGGAGUUUCAUGCCUUGCGGGUCUUGCAGGCGAAGAGUGUCGUGGAAACGGGAGGCGCUCGCAAAGGUUCGAAGAAGCAGGAAGGCGAGGAAGAACAAGAGCGUCUUCUGUCGCUGCUUGCCAAGACCGGCGGAGUCGAAGCGGGCGUCGACGCGAGCGAUGAGGAUGGCAGCGACCUCUCCUCAGAUGAAGAACUGGAGGCCGAAGCCGACAGCAUGUUUGUGUCGAGCACGGAGCUGGAGGGUCUCGCAGGCCGGAAGCGGCGGCAAGCGCGAGAGCGGAAUCGCUUGAAGGAGGAGGCGAAGAUGGAGAGAAAACGCGCGGGGAAGAGUGCCCCUUGGCCGUUCGCGAGGAAACAGCGAGAAGCUGCAGAAGCCUCUCUUGCCGCCGACCCGUCGAAAAGACACAAAACGGUCGUCACUGGAAAUGCGCCGCAAAAACUGAAAGCGCGCAACAAACCGCUGGCCAUGGUUCGACAGAGUCGGAAGUUGCGCGACAAGAAGCAGCAAAGCGUGAAGCAGAAACUCCAGAACUUGAAGAAACAAAUCAAAAACUUGAAGAAAAGCCAAGUCGGCCGCCCCAGGAGGAGAAAGCGAUGAAGCAGAGACUCACAAAGACACAUCCAUAACCUCGACGACAAAUACAGUCACUUUGUCAAGAACUCGGCGCAAAUGAAAAAGUGUAUACAUGCA